UCUUUCAUUCCACCCUAAUUGUCUGCUGGACCGCCACCUCAACCACCUCCACCAUCAACGCCCGGUCCCCCCUCUUCUGCGACCCUCUCGCUGCCAGAAGAUACCCAGCUCUGCGAUCCUGGUGCACUCGUCGCUCGCCGGUCAUUUCAGUCAUCGUCACGGUACCAUACUCCAUCUCCAUACGCGUCAUCAAACGAGACCCAUCUCACUGCAUCGGCCUUGUCUUGGCCUUCUCCUGUUAUCUCGGACGUUGCUCGGACGUUGUCUCGCGUCGCUACCCACCUAAAUUAUAGCAAACUCGACGGCCCCAAAGCCCUCAUCCUCACUGUGUCGCAUCCGUCAUGGCCGCCGCAACUCUUCGCCGUACCCAUAGAGCACACACUGCGGACGAAGAGCGGACUGCACGCUUCAGCAACAUGUGCACCUCCGUGCUCGGCUCUCCAUUCAUCACCACCUCGGAUCUGCCUCCAGAGUCUGACACCCUUCGCGCAUCGACCUCUGCCAGCACCGCGUUCACACUAGCCUACUCCAACAUAGAGAUGGAGACCGUCGAUGGCGCAGACGUCGCUGUCCCCCGCAAUCUGACGGUCACGCGCCCACCCUCGCCCUCGCCGAGCUUCCGCACGGACACAUAUUCCAUCGUCAGCUGGGACGCGGACAAGUAUCCGUGCCCUUCCAUGGAGAACACGCCGCGCUGCGGAAGUUCUGGUCGCCGCACUGUGAACGGCUACUAUCCGUAUGCCUCGACGUACUACCCGAACGGCAGCGGUGCGUCGCCCAUGAAGCCAUCGCGCAGCCUCACGCUGGGGAUCAUCCCGCGCAUCUGGGACGCUCUGCGGGAAGGCUCUCCUGGGCGCAAAGGCAAGCGGCGCGCCGGUCUGCCCUUCGUAUCGACAUGGCGCGACGGCAUCGUGACGGACACCGAGUACAUCGAUUACAUGAACCUGCCGCCGCUGGAUGGCGAGGAGGGCGAGCUGAUCGACGACGAGGCAUGCUUCAUCGACGCUACACGGAUCACUGGUACUGAUAUCGUAGGUCUGUUGCCUCCAGAGACCGCGCUCUACCUGCUGUCGUUCCUUGACCUGCAAGCUGUGCUUGCGUGCCUCCGCGUGAGCAAGACGUGGAACCGCCUCUGCCGAGACAAUUCCGUCUGGCGCUCGUUGUUUACACGGCGCCAACCAGAUGGCUGGGACAUCGACCUCCGGCGGGCCCCCCAAGCGCCGCUAUCUGCGUCGAAGUCGUGGCUGCCGGCCCCGCUGGAGCUGGCAUGGUACGAGACGUGCCGGGUGCGGGCGGAGCUGGACCGCCGGUGGCGUGCGAAGGAUCGCGCGGACGGGGGCGCAUCGACAUGGGAGCCCAAGGUGAAGCGGCUCAGCGGGCACAUGGACAGCGUGUACUGUCUCGAGUUCGACUCGCGGCGGAUCGUGACCGGCUCGCGCGACCGCACAAUCAAGGUGUGGAGUCUGAAGACGGGGCGCUGUCUGGCGACGUUCACGGGCCACCGGGGGAGCGUGCUGUGUCUCAAGUUCGAUAAGGACUGGGACUUUUCCACGGACGAUGAGGAAGAAUGGGUGGAUGAGAAUGUGUGGAGGCAUGGCUUCAUGGUGAGCGGCUCGAGCGACUGCUCGGUGUGCGUGUGGGAUCUCCGUGCGCGCACACCUGUGGCUGGUGAGGACGGCCAGGUGAAGGCAGACAUUGUGGCGGUGCUGAGGGGACAUACUGGUGGUGUCCUGGACCUCAGGAUCGACUCAAGAUGGAUCGUAAGCUGCUCGAAGGAUGCACUGAUCCGUGUCUGGGACCGCCGCACGCUGCAGCUGCACUGCACGUUCCGCGGCCACGAGGGCCCCGUGAACGCCGUCGGGCUGCAGGACGGGAAGGUCGUGAGCGCGAGCGGGGACGGGAAGAUGAUGCUGUGGGACAUCCCCUCGGGCAAGCGGCUUCGCACGUUCGAGGGGCACGACCGCGGGCUCGCGUGCAUCGAGUUCAAGGAUGACUACAUCAUUUCCGGCUCGAACGACUGCAAGAUCAAGGUCUGGCAGGCGUCGACGGGCGCAUGCCUGCGCACGCUCGCCGGGCACGACCUGCUCGUGCGCGCGCUGUCGUUCGACCCGAGGAGCGGACGCCUCGUUAGCGCCAGCUACGACAAGACGGUGAAGGUGUGGGACUGGCGGACGGGCAAGAUGCUGCGCGAGUUCCGCAACUGCCACAACAGCCAUAUAUUCGACGUGAAGUUUGACUUUUGCCGCAUUGUGAGCACUUCGCAUGACCAAAAGAUCAUUGUGCUCGACUUUUCUGACGGCCUCGACGUCUCAAUGUUUGUCUGAACGACGUAUGGAUGAAUACCCUCCGACUGCAAGACCCUUCAAGACUUGUAUUUAUGUAUCGAAUAUCUUCCUCUGUCGCUUCCCCCGGCCGCGAUGUCCACCCCGCGGCUGUCGAUCGUUUUCCACCUGUUGCGUAUCAAUAUCGUCUUUAUCCCCGUACAUAGUCUUUCGUUCUGUCUUGCAUUCGCUUUCUGCAUAUACCCCGCUCUCUUGGACCCCGCGCAUAUGAUAGUGUACAUACAUCGAAGUUCUGUGUCGCAUAAGUCGCCGUUGUAUCAUCUCAUGUAUAUUAUUCAGUCAGUCACUGCAGGAGCACGCCCAAAACAAGUCGCAUUCUCAAUCAAUACAA